UGUAACGGAGUACGGAUCCACGAAAACGGCCCUUUUCAGGGCCAACACAUAACAAAGAACAACAUUCAAGCAUUACGUGUAGAUAGGCAACAGGCAUCACAACACCGCGUCGACCAAUCAGAAACAUGCAUCACUUUAAAAGGCGAUUACCGGGUACCUAGUUAAACAAUGAACAAAUUAAAGGAAUUUAUGGAUAGAAGAGAUCAUCCCGGUCACAAAGAUAUCAAUUCGACCUGUGUAGGACGAAUACCGGCUGAACAACAGAAGAUACCGUAUACACAGCAAAUCGGCCGCCCGGACAGGAUGUUUACGCUUCGGUACGGAUGUUUACUAGUCGGUACGGUAGACAGUAUAUAUACGGGUGCAUUCGGACAGACAUACUCACUCUUCAUCCAUUCUCCGACCUGACUUCAACAUAAAAUCGACAAUCGAGAAUUGAAGAAUCGAAGACUCGAGACCAGCGAACACUCGUGAAUACGAAGCGGCAAGCUGGUAGCUGAUCAGAGAACGGUAUCAUAACGGUACUGACGGUGGGCAAACGUAUUCAAGAACCUAGCAGCGAAGUCGAGACCCAAACGUUCCGAGCGGAUCAUUCCAACGGCGGUCAGCGUACUCAAGAACAUCGUGGUGCAGCUAAGAUCCUCGACUGGAGACUACGAUCGACAAUAACAUUGUAAUCAAUAAAAUACAACAAUUGCCGUUGACGCACUCCGAAACCCGUCGUACCUCUGGCAUAAUAUUGAUUACCAGCGGCUCUACACGCGGUUUCAAUAUCUUAGCCCGUCGGUCACGCAGUGUUCUUCGUGGUAGCGGUAGCGACUCCAUUCCCUCAAUCGAACUACCAUUGCGAUUGACCACAGAAAAAGUCCUUUUUAGGACUGUUAACGUAAGCUCUCCCAGCGCACCUAUUCAGGCGUUCGCUCUGAGCCGCUCCACCGAAUCGCGACUUAUACAAGACCGCGAAAAGGUGUUGCUGUUUAAUCCCAGUUUACUGUAAAUAAUUGUAUAUUAUAAUAAGUGUCCCUAUCAAAUUGUACUUUAGUCGCACCUCUAUAGGUCCGACACCGCCCGUCACGGCUUGCUUAUUCGAGCCGGUCGUACGGCCCGGAUAAAUUUAAAAUCUCCAUAUUGAUGUAUAUUAAUUUAAAAUGUUUGAAAAUAAAAGAUACGUGAUACCAUAAACUGGCAUUAUAAAUUAUACUUAAUUUAGAUCGCCGAAUUCGGCGGACUGUAUCAACUGGCGCCCAACCCGUGACUCAACACGACCAACCAGAAGAGAUUAGAAACACUCAAACACAUACACACAUCAAUUGUUAAAAUAACUACUCAAUAGUUUAUUAGUCGGUACGGCAAAAGAAUAUACUCGUCGAGUUUACUAGUCGGUACGGCAGAAGCAUAUACUCGUCGAGUUUACUAGUCGGUACGUCAGAAACGUAUACCCGAUAAUAACCAGUACGGAUAUUCUUUGCAAACAAAUUGCCUAGCUGGCACGGCUGACAAACGGAUCUACUAGUCGGUACGGCAAAAGAAUAUACUCGUUGAGUUUACUAGUCGGUACGUCAGAAACGUAUACCCGAUAAUAACCAGUACGGAUAUUCUUUGCAAACAAAUUGCCUAGCUGGCACGGCUGACAAACGGAUCUACUAGUCGGUACGGCAGAAGCAUAUACUAAUCGAAUUUACUAGUCGGUACGUUAGAAACGUAUAUCUGAUAUAACCAGUACGAUUAUUCAUUGCAAACAAGUUGCCUAGCUGGCACGGCUGAAAGACAAAGAUAUAAUCAACAAACGGAUUUACUAGUUGGUACGGCAGAAUCAUAUACCCGGCAAUUUUACUAGUCGGUACGGUAGAAUCAUAUAUCUGUCGAUUUUACUAGUCGGUUCGGAGAAUUAUAUACUUGUUAUUAAUUAUUAAAACGACAACAUGACUAGACGGAACCAGGCGACGCCUGGGGAGGACCAGACGGAAAAAACACGACAGUUAGAGGGAAAGGUAGCAGCAUUAGAAAAGACCACACAACAGCUACAUAAGAAACUAGAGAUGAUGGAAAAUCAAUAUGAAGCGUUACGACAACUCAUUAAUGAUACAGAUACCAAACUACUAGUGACGACAGCACGGCAAGAAAAAGAUAUCCAGACAUUACAGACCAAUGUUACUUCAUUACAGAAUACAAAAAACGAUGGUAAUGUUAUUAACACUAUCACCAGAUCAACAGUGGAUAUUACAGCCCCAACAUUUAGUGGAGAGAGCAAGACAGAACAUCCAAAACAAUUCCUUAAGGAUAUGCAUAAUUACCUGGAUCACAAACAAAUUACUGCCAGAAGAGAAAAAAUGAUAGUAAUAGAAAACAAUCUUCGUGGAAAAGCAUCAAAAUGGUACACAAUGAUCAAAGAUGCAGCUCUAGACGAAGUAACAUUCAGUGAAUUGUUCCUCAAGCAUUUUUUCUCUGAAAAUCAUCAAUGGGAGAUUUUCAUUAAAUGCACAGAAGCCGGAAAAAAACCUAUUAAAAAGGAUUUUCAGGAACAUUUUCAUCAUUGGAUGGCGGAAUUAAAACACUUAGACUCACCUAAGAUGAAUGAAGAACAAGCAAUCAACUUAAUUACAAAACAUUUCCCGAUAGCUAUCCAAGCAUAUAUACAAACAACAAAAGAAAAGAAGUUUUUACCUAUAUGGGAAAAAUUAGGUGAAUUGGAAAACAAUAAAAAUCACGAAGAGGAACCUAUCAAACAAAAUGAAAACACAACA